GUGGUUGGCAAGUGUGUAUGUCUAUUAUGUGAUAUCCUGUUUGUUGUUAGAAAAUAGUUUUUGAUGAUUCUUUUGUCUAUGUCUACAUUUAGCGACCGCAGUGUCUUCUUUUUGUAAGUGUCCUCUCAAAAGGACAGCUAAAUGGAACUACAAGAACCACUUCAUGAUACGUGCCUAAGCAGUGUCGACUUAGUGUAUGAUCGGGCUCACGGAAAAUACUAUUAAGAAAAAUAAUACUCAUUAUAUCCGUCAGAUAGAGAAAGAAAAGAAAACUAAUUCCUUAAAAGGGAAAGAAAUCAAUCACAGCGUAAUAACCUGAUCCGUAGUUCAAGUUACAAACCUUUUAUGCAUGAUGCAAGCCUUUAAGAUGCUCAGUAAAACACGAACGAGGUGUUAAAAAUGUUGUCAAGAAAACAAUUAAUUUUAAAAAUUUCUUCCAACAACAAACAAGAUAAUACCUCUGUGGAACGAGACAAGGUAUGUCGUAGUUACCUUGACAAAAACAACAGCAGAUGUUUUAUGAUAUAGUAUUUCCAGCAGCCACAGAACCAUCACUUUUAGCAGCUGUCCAAUCAGAACAGAGAGCCAGACAGUAGUCACCCAAAGUGUUCUGAAUCAAGUGAGGUAUACCGCUUAACAUGCCAGCGUGGUAGUACAAAUAUCGAAUAUAACAACACACAUUUGAGUCAGAGAGCAGUACCGCAAAUCUACAACUCCAAAUGCAGUCUUUCUAUAGGAGCAAAAAUGUAAGAAAUAAGAUUAAUUUUGACAAUUUAGGAUGAGAUGAAUAACGAGUUUGCCAAGGACUACUUAAUCAUGAUACAAAGAUAACUUCAAACCGCACAAGUAUUCUGGAUUUGCAGAGACAUAUAUGCAGCCUUACAUUGUAACAGGGCUUCACAUGAAGCAGGAUUUCAAUGGUUGUCUCGAGCCAGUUUUCCCUGCUGCUCCGUUUCACCUCUAAAAGUGACUCUGGAUCCUCUACCACGCAAGAUACCAUCCAUCCCGACGUCCACACCCGGCGAAAUGCCCGGUAUUUUUAUUCUGGCAGUUCUUUUUGAGAGGCCAUGAACAGAAAAGAUAUGAUUAAAUCAAAGAACAGAGAGAUGAGAAGGGAGUCAGGAAAUGUUUUCUACGACAUUCCUGCAAAGAGCAGAAUUAAACAAUUUAUUGAACACACUGUUCUACCAUUGCUACUGAUUAUGUUCACUCCAAACUUAGUGAUGAUCCUUUGGUAUACAGCUGUCAAAUUUGAUGGAAGCAUUACUUAUUGUUUACAUCAUUUAUUCAAAGGCUCAGUGCUUACUGGACUUUUAAACAUUUGGACUGAAGUUUCAAUUGGAAGUUCUUUUGCACUAAUUGUCAUUUUUGGUUACAGUUUGUGGGCUAUUAUUACAAUGAAGAUUUUGCCAGGGCAAUUAGUGAAGGGAUCAAUCACACCAAAAGGCAAUGUACCCAUAUAUAUUGACAAUGGAUUUUUAUAUUUUUCACUCACAAUUGUUGUUCUUGUGUGUUCUGAAAUAAUACUCAACACAUAUGAUAUUUCUGUGUCCAUAAUUUAUGACCGUUUUGGUGAUAUCUUAGGUACAUUGAAUCUAGUAAGUUUUGUUUUCUGUUUUAUAUUAUAUGUGAAAGGAUUAACGUUUCCUUCCUCAUCUGACUCUGGUACUUCAGGAAAUGUAAUUUUUGAUUAUUAUUGGGGUACUGAAUUGUAUCCUAAAAUUUAUGGCAUUGACAUUAAGCAAUUCACUAACUGUCGAUUUGGAAUGAUGUCCUGGGCACUUAUAGUUUUAAUUUUUUCAAUUAAGAAUUAUCAACUUAAUGGAUGGGUUGAUAGUAACAUAGUAUCUACUGCACUUCAACUUUUAUACAUUACAAAAUUUUUUUGGUGGGAAGCAGGUUAUCUGAACACAAUUGAUAUCAUGUUAGACAGAGCAGGAUACUACAUCUGCUGGGGCUGUCUUGUUUUCAUUCCAGGGUUCUAUACAUCAGUGAGCUUAUAUUUAGUCAACCAUCCAAUACAUCUGGGAACAUUAGUAUCUAUUUUCAUUUUCAUUACAGGCACAGCAGCACUUCUUAUCAACUACUUUGCUGACAAGCAAAAACAAAAAGUACGUGCUACUAAUGGCAACUGCUUAGUAUGGGGUAAGAAGCCUGUUAUAAUUCAGGCAACAUAUACAUUAGAGACAGGAGAGAAAAAAGAAGGGAUUUUACUUGUUUCAGGUUGGUGGAGUUGGUCUCGACAUUUCCACUAUAUUCCAGAAAUUGUUUUGGCAUUCUGCUGGACAAUUCCUGCAUGUUUCUCAAGUUUUAUGCCUUUUUUUUAUGUAAUACAUUUACUAAUUUUGCUAACACACAGAAGUUUUCGUGAUGACGAUAAAUGUGGAAGGAAAUAUGGAGAAUUUUGGAAAGAAUACUGUCGUAAAGUACCUUAUCGCAUUAUUCCGUAUCUCUUUUAAAGCAGCCAAAUUAUUGGGUAUUAUUGUGUUGGUUUUUCCUGAAAUGAUUAUCAGGCAAUGUUUUCUCUUAUUUAGGCUAUGUGCUGGAUUAUUUAAUUUCUCUGCUGUUAGCAAAAUGGUUCAUAAGCUGCUCUUGUGAAAUAUAAUUCAUAUUGACUGUAAAGAAAAAUUUAGAUAAUAUUUUCAUUGUGAAUUUAUUAUGUGCAUUACUUAAUUUGGAAAUAAUAUUUCUUUUUAAUAAGUAUAAGUGUUUUGGUAAAAUAAUAUCAUAUUAUUAUUUUUUUAAAUUAAAAUAUUGUUAUUUGCAAUUGAAAUAUUAGUGUGUGUCUUCAUAAGCAGUUAUUUUGAUUAUGUCAACACAUAAAUCUGUGUCAAUAUAAUCAAAUACUGUCCUUCAUUUCUCACAAUCUCAGUAAUAUAAUGAGUUUAUAAAAGAAUUCCAGUGAUUAUUAAUAUCAUUUGAGAAUAAGCAGCUGUUUAUUUAAACUGCAACAAAUAAAAAAGGGAUGACUUGCAUUCAUUGCUAACUGGUAGGCUUCUAUAAAAAAAAUGACCAGGCAUGUGCAUAUAUGUGCAUGAUCAAAUCUAGUCUUAACGUGGCAAAUCUGAGUCAUUUGAACUCUUUAAUAUGUAACAAAAUAGCAAAUGGAUUGUGUCAUUACCUUCAGUAAAGCGAAUUUAGCAUAUUUUAGAAUAUUGUCUUCAGAACUGAAUACAUUCUGAUAUCAUUUGAGUUCUAUAUGAGGAUUUUUCCAUACAUUUUACAAACAUUAACAAUAUUUUUCUAAUUGUUUGUAGCCUAGAAACAAUUGACCCACCUAUAAGCUGAUGUUAAAUGAUAAUAAGCCUAAAGUAGGAAGGACACACAAGUUGUAGGAAGAUCCAUUAGAAAAACUUCUCUUAAACCAAUAUUGACAAUGUUUUCAUUAAUCAUUUAAGUAUAGAAGAGCAUGUUGUUUAAAUAAUUUUGUUUUAAUAUAUACCAUAACAUUAAAAAAAAAUUAUUUAUUGUCUGAUGGAGAAAAUUAAUGAAACUUAAUUCAAAAUUAAAUAUUUAAUCCUAGUUUAAUUCUAGUUUAAUUAAAUUUGGACAAUAAUAGGCUUUACUCUUUAUUAUUAAUAACCUUUCAAAAUUCAUCUCAUAACCAGGAAUGCUUGUGAUUAGGUUCUAUAUAUCUUUUCAAUCAGAGAAAGUGGAGGAAAUUCACUUCACUAAUUCAACCUUUCAAACUUAGUCUAAUAUCUAAAAUUCUAAAAAACAUUAUCAUGCUCUAAAGGUACAUUUAAAUUUUCCUAAGUGUAUGUACAUGAAAAUAGGAAUUAUUCAAAAAUAAAUAUUAUUUACAAGUGUAUAUUUGCAGAAUUUUCUUCCAAUUUAAUAAUGUAUAACUGUUUGAAUACUCCAUUUUUUUUCCCUUCGUUAAUUUUUAAUUUUCUCAACAAUAAAUGUAAAAAUAUAUAAAUCUUUUCUUUUAUGAAAAAAUAAUUUUUUUUUCCA